GUGCAAAUAACCGGGCUUGGCCUCUGCGCCCGGCCCCCUCCCCUGACUAUAAAGGAAGCAGCUGCCUCCUGGGCUCCACAAACCUUCCACGUGCUCCGCUGCCUCUUCCCUCUCUCCUGCAACUCCAGCCUUGCCUGGAUCGACAUGGAUCCCAACUGCUCCUGCAACGCUGGUGGCUCCUGUGCCUGUGCUGACUCCUGCAAGUGCAAAGAGUGCAGAUGCACGUCCUGCAAGAAGAGCUGCUGCUCCUGCUGCCCCGUGGACUGUGCCAAGUGUGCCCAGGGCUGUGUAUGCAAAGAGGCAUCAGCCAAGUGCAGCUGCUAUGCCUGAUGUUGGGAGGGCCUGAUUCCAGAUGGAGAUAGAAGGACACGUAUAAACUUGGUGGUUGUGGUUUUUUUUAUCCUAUCCUAUUCCAUUUGCUGCAUUUUUUUCCCCUAAUGAAAUGUGUGACUGACAAUAAAUGUUAUUGACUUUA